CAACCUGCGCCUAAUUAUACCCUCGUAGUGACGCUUGUCAGUAUUUUUGUUUCUACCGCAUUAGCCCUGUUUCCCUUGGCCAAAUACCGUAACCAUCUUGUCCCCGUCCGAAACUUUUUUCUUCGUCCACGUACAGCCGUCAUCUUUACCUGCUUCCUCACGUUAGCUUGGUUCGCUGCCAUGAUCUCCAUGACUGUGCAUUCCAACGACGACGCCUUUUGUAAAUUAAAUCAAAAAUGGAUCAAAUCCGAUGCUAACUAUCCCAGUGCCUGGAUGAAACAGUGCAACUCAGCAAAGGCUGCUGCUGCAUUCUGUUGGUUCUCAUUUUUCGUUUGGCUCGCUUCGGCCAUUUGUAGUAUCAUUCUUUUAUGGCACGAGAAAAAA